GAUUAUAGGUUGGAGGAAGGUAGAGUCUAGCUAAGGCAUGCAUAUAAAGUUGACACUGUUCUGGUUAGCCACUAAUUAGGUGUUCACUGAAUGAAAUUCAAAUUACAUUGACUAAAACUUGGUACUAAUUAAGUAUGUCAUAAUUCAUAGUAUCCAAUAUCCCUAUAUAUAAACUCCUCUCUUAAUCUUCCUUACAACUUAAUUAACCACCAACAACAAAAAAAGAACACCAAAAAUGCCUACAAUAUCAAUUACUUCACCUCCCUAUUUUUUAAUUUUCAUGAUUUUGAUGGCAAGCAUGCUGAUGUGCAUCUCCCAUUCUCAAGAUUUUCUUUGUCCAACAAGGAUUCCACAGUAUGGACUCCCAGUAUACAAAAAAGAUAUUGACUUGUUGCAAUUCUCUGAGAACUUGGAGUUUUUGGAAGCUGAGUAUUACUUGUGGGCUACACAUGGUUAUGGCCUUGAUAUUGUAGCACCAGAAUUAGUCAUGGGAGGGCCUCCUCCAAUUGGUGUCCACAGAGCAAAUCUUGAUCUUUUUACAAGAAACAUCAUCACUGAGUUUGCUAUGCAAGAAGUUGGUCAUCUAAGGGCACUUAAAUCGAAAAUGGGUGGUUUCCCAAGACCUUUGAUGGAUCUAAGUGCUAAUCACUUUGCAAAGCUAUUUGAUGAAGCAUUUGGUUACAAAUUGGAACCCCCAUUUGAUCCUUAUAGGGAUAGUCUCAAUUUCAUGUUGUCUUGUUAUGCAUUGCCAUAUGCUGCAUUGGUUGGCUAUGUUGGUAUGAAUCCCCUCAUCAAAGGCUAUGAAACAAAAAGGCUUUUGGCAGGACUAUUAGGGGUUGAAUCAGGGCAAGAUGCAAUUAUCAGAAUGUACCUUUACGAGAGAGCUGGAAAAGUAGUAUACCCCUACAAACACACUGUGGCAGAGUUCACUAUCCACAUUUCCAAUUUAAGAAACCGUUUGGCAAUGUGUGGUACUAAAGAGGAAGGCUUGUUCGUGCCAUGGCAACUUGGUGCUGAGAAUCUGACAACAACUAACAUAUUAUCGGCCGAUAUCGAUUCGCUCUCUCAGCGGCGGACUCCGGCUGAGAUAUUAAGGAUUGUGUAUAACACUGGCAAUGAGCAUGCUCGUGGUGGGUUCUUUCCUCAUGGUGCUAAUGGCAACAUUGCUAGGAAAUUUUUGAAACUAUACUAAGCGGGGGAAAUUUGUUCCAGAAAGACAUACGAUGUUGAUUUUAACAUGGAGUGAUUAAUUAUGUUCAGAUGAAUAAGGAAAUAUUAGUAGUUCGGAUGGUUGGUUAACUAAACAUUCAUCUUAAAAUUGAAGAGGUUCUGAUUCUCUACCUUGUAAUUUUGUCGUUCAUCUACUCUUUAUUGUCCCCUAUGUGUAAGUUGACGAAAAAUGGAAAAGAAGUUUAGAAAAAUUAUGCGUAACUUUACCUCGAUCUCAAGUGUGUAUGUUGUUCUUCACUAUAACUUUUGACUAGUAUGUAGUAUCCGCAGGGGUAUGAUUUGAUUUUUCAA